CAUACCUGUUUCUCUCUUCGAACUCAGUAAAGUGUCCAGUGUUAAGAGCAAUUAAUUCACUAAGAUGUCGCUCCAGAAAUGUUCCCGCGCAUUGUUGUUAGGUGCUACCGUCCUAAGGAGUGUUUCUUGUCAACAGAUUCGACGAAAGAGCCAGAUCUGCACGCACGCACGCAGCCUGAACCUCGCAGCCGCGGCCAAAACUCUGCUAGAACCACCACCUACAGGUACAGCCGUGGUUGGCACUGUCGCGGGUACAAAUACACUGCGAGUUGGGUUCAGUGACGGCAGUGCCAAAGAGAUCCCUUACACCUGGCUCCGGGGUAACUGUAGGUGCCACAGAUGUCUUCGUGGGGACACCGAGGGACGUCUGGCCUCAGGGGAACAAAGCACAGAGGUUCAUCCGGAGAUUGUUCAGAGCAACGUGCACGGGAUAGUGGUGGACUGGAGCGACGGACACAUCAGCAAGUACCCCGGCCAGUGGCUCUACGACAAAGCAACUUCUUCCGCUGAUCAGCCGGUGCUUCGUCAGCAGCAAGUCUACGCUGUGUGAUGCGCUCGAGGCCCGAGGUUGUUGGUAACCUCACAGACGCCGCCGACGAUGAGGGAGACGGCGCUCAAGUAGAUAAAGAUUGAGGAGGGUUUCUUCAGACCCGAAAGGAAUCUGCCCGAGACGAUUUGCUCUUCGCUGUUGAUUCUCUGCCUCUUACUUUCUCUCUCUUCAUCUGUCUAUUUAUUUAUCUAUUUGUCUGUCUGUUUGUCUCUUUUAACUCUCUCUCUCUCUCUCUCUCUCUCUCUCUAUAUAUAUAUAUAUAUAUAUAUAUAUAUAUAUAUAUCUUUCUCUCUCUCUUUCUCUCUCUUCCUCUCUCUCUUUCUCUCUCUGUCUCUCUCCCUCCCUCUCUCGAACAUGCAAUGAUACCGGGAUGCCGAAUAAUAGAUUUAUAUGUUAUCUGAAAUCGGUAUGUAACAAAAUGUGAAUCUAAAAGCACCUUGAUGCUGUAUUGUAUGUAUUUUUGAGUUUGGAGCAUAUGUAAUAAUAAAACAUUAAUAUCA